GUCAACAAGGCCAGACCACCAAAAGAGAAUUUUUUCUCCAAAAGCUUACAAACAAAAAGGACCAGACAAUCCUUUGAUUUUUUUGCAUCAGCAUUCGCACACAUAACAGAAACCCUUAUCCAUCGAUCCACCAAGGAGAGAAAGCAACAUCGUUUCGUGCAUCUGCCAAUCUGGCUUGAUUUCGAAAAAAAAAAGAAAAGAAAAAGAAAACACUUUUUUUUUAUUAAAAAAAAAAAACCCCCCCAAUCAACAUCGCGCACUCGCGAACACAACAAUCCUCUGCUGCCGACGCACCUUUGCACUUGACAAACGGUCGGCUCUGAAUCACUUAUCUGUGUCCUCUUCGACGCCCCAUCACACAGCGUCUCCUGUCAGAUUAUUUACUUUGACCGGCAACACUGAUCAUCACAAACUCCCGCUUUCGACUUGUACCAAACGGCUCGACCUUGAUCUCGGAAACGAUCCCCAGCAACAAACCCCACGGGUAUUUCGGUACAGAAGCUGUUUAUGUAUCAGCACGACAAAAUCACGGUCUCUAGACACCUCCCACCCAUCAGACUGCAAUCAUUUCGCAUACCGCGGAUACCUUGUAGUCCCAGUCUCUUCUCCGACGGCUGAAGCUUUCACGAUCGCCUCGCGUUAAUGCCUCUGAUUUCGAAAAACCGUUCGGUUUCCCCUAUGUCAACCAAAAGUCCCACGAAUUCUUACUGACCCUUCGGCUCACCCCCAUCGCCACGACCACUCGUCAGCCCUUCACUAUUUUAUUUGCCAGUCUAUGUCUGCCAAAGCCUCCUGAAUUGCUACCUAGCAGCCCAUCGGAUCGCCAAAUCUACAGAGCUUCUUUAGCCAGAAAGAACCACCGCCAACAAAGAACAACCUCCAAGUAGUUCAUCACCCCCAAUACCGCCAAGAUGUCUCUCAUCAACGUCCGCCGUGACAACAAGGAUGUCUUCUAUCGUUACAAGAUGGAGCGCCUGCAGACCAAGAUCGAGGGUAAGGGCAACGGAAUCAAGACCGUUGUCGUCAACCUCACGAGCGUCGCUCAGUCUCUCGCUCGUCCUGGAGCCUACCUUAUCAAGUACUUUGGCUUUGAGCUCGGUGCCCAGACCAACAUUGAUCCCGCCGACGACCGUUGGAUCAUCAACGGAGCUCACGAUGCUGCAAAGCUUCAGGACUACCUCGACGGGUUCAUCAACAAGUUUGUUCUUUGCAAGAAGUGCAAGAACCCCGAGACAGAUGUCAUCAUCAAGGACGGCAACAUCAGCCUGGACUGCAAGGCUUGCGGUGCCCGCUCGGACGUCGACCUUCGCUUGAAGCUCAGCGGUUUCAUCCUGAAGAACGUGCCCAAAAAGACCAAGAAGGACAAGGCUGAGCGCAAGGCCGCCCGUAAGGCCAAACAGAACGGCACCGCCAAGGAUGGCGAAGGCAGCGGCGAGGAACACUCUCCCGAUGGCUCUGGCAAGGAGAACGGCGACAAGAACGGCCACAACGGUGCCGAUGAUGGCAGUGACGAUGACGAUGCUCUCACCCGCAAGAUCAAGAGCGAGGCUAAGGAGAUUUCCUCUAACGGAGGCGGCAAGGCUGACGAUGAUGAGUGGGCCGUCGACAUGAGCGCUGAGGCCGUCAAGGCUCGUCAGCAAUCGCUUCCUGGCGAGUUCAAGCAGAAGCUUAACAUCAAUGGCGAAGAUGAGGAUGAGGAUGGUGAAGGAGGCAACAGUGUCUACGACCAGCUCGGAACUUGGAUCCUGGACCAGGCUGCCGAGAAGGGCAACAUCGACAAGGUUGACGACAUUGCCAUUUACGUCAAGGCCAAGGAGUUUGGCAUUGAGACCAAGCAUCGUACUGUUUUGGUGCUCGUCCAGACUCUUUUCAAUGAGAACAUCUGUGCACAGAUCACCAAGCGUGCCGGCAUGCUCAAGCAGAUUGUCACUUCUGAGCGCCACGAGAAGGCCCUCUUGGGUGGUACCGAGAGACUCAUUGGCCAGCUUGGCAAGGACAAGCCCGAGAUGUUUGACAAGAUUGUCAAGAUUCUUCAGCUGUACUACCACCACGAUCUCAUUUCCGAAGAGGUCGUCACCAAGUGGGGUACACAUGCCAGCAAGAAGUACGUCGACCUGUCCACCUCCAAGAAGGUCCGCAAGUCGGCUGAGCCUUUCUUGAACUGGCUUGCUGAGGCUGAGGAGGAGGACUCUGACGACGACGAGUAAAUGGAGGUUUUGUACGAAUGACAAAGGUUGUGACAAUUCUGCAGCACAAGUUCGAAAGCUUGAUGUGACAUUACUCAGAAUGGAAUUAGAAUUUUGCCUAGUUGCCACUACUUUGGAUUGGGUUACUUACACCUUUACCACUACGACGCUCUUUUCGUCUCAGGCUUUUUCAACCCCCAUUUUGGGAGACUUUGUAAAAUUCGUGCCAGUUUGGGCUUUGUUGCUGUUUACGCUAUGGAUGUUUUUGCUUCUAUUUGUGAAUUCGACCAGUUGAACUGCGACGGUGGUAUGGAUAGCGGAAGAUACAAUGAUGAUCAUGUUUCGUUUGAUA